AUGCAAUUCGGGCUGGCGCAAGAUCUCCCUGGUUUGGUUGCUCAUCAGAGCAACGAACCUACAGGAAAUGCAGCAUGGGAUGAUUACAAUAAGUGUCUUGAUGGUUUAAAGCUUUACAUGACUUCUCGUCUCUUUAAAAGUUCUGUUACUGUGAGAUACCAAGACUGGUGGCUGAAAUCAGUUUCAGAGUUUUUAGGUUCUGAAGAGAUGCAGAAGGAGUCAACUGAAACUUUUAAUGCAAGGAAUACAUUUGGUAAAUAUGAUGAUGGUGAUAUUGAUGUAGCUCUCAAGGUAUUGCCUUUGAGUCAAAUGGUUCUGAAGUUGCAAGAAGGUUUGAAGAUGAUCAACAACAAGACCAGUGGGGAUUUGACAAACAAGAGAAGCAGUUACAAAUCUGUGCACAUGAAAACAGCUUGUGAAGAUGGUGAUGAGAGUUCUAUGGAUGAAGAAGAUGUUAACAUGACCAUUGCUCAAAUCAUCGAAUGUGGGAAGAAGUAUAGUGAUGCAGAUAAACCUGGAGGGGAUGCUUCUGAAUCACUCCGAAAAAGAAGUAGAAGAUAUCAGGUGGUGGACAGUGAUGAUGAUUUGGAGCCUUGUCAAUAUAAUGCUUCGAGAAAACUAGAACACAGGAGUGAAGAGGAUGACGAAACUGCAAAACAACCAGAAAAGACAAGGCAAAGAUGUGAUGAUGUAAUUGGAAGUAAUGCAGAGAAGAAGACUAUGAUUGAUGAUAAAACGAAAGAAGCAGAGUGUUGGAUCCACAAAACUAGAGAAGCGCAGAGAUGCAUUGAAAAACUUGGCAGUCAAGUUGAGACUGAAGAAAGGUUGAUAAAAGAUUGA